UAGAUAUUUUGAUUUGUAAUUGAGACAUUAGAGUAGAGUCCCACGUCUUCAGUGGCAAAAAGUGAGCUCACAAAGCUCCGAACCAAACACACUUUCUCUAUCUCUAAACAGUAGGAAGAAGAAGAAGAAGAACCCAUUGGAGAAUAAUUGCAGCGGUUGGGUUGGGAUUAGAGAAUAUAUAGAGAUGAGCCUCGUUAGGACUCAGAGAUGCUUCGUCCCUAUCCGUACACUUUCUCCUUCAUCAUCAUCAUCAUCAUCUUCUUCCGUUUCCCGUUGCACCGGUCACCACAACUCUGCUUCAUCAGAAAUCCACUAUUUGGAGAGGCUGCAAAAUCAGUGGUAAAUCACCUAGCUGUUAUGAAAUGCUUUGGUGUUGCUCUUGUUUCAGAUGACAAUGCAACUUGUGUUUCGCCUACAUGGAUUGGCAAAGGCCUCACUUGUGUUUGCUUUAAGAGAAAAGGACAUUAUGAACGAAUAUGCGUCAACUUGACACCCCAACAGGAGGAGAAACUUAAACGGCUUAAGCAUCGAAUGAAGGUUUAUUUUGAUGCUUCUAGGCCAGAUCAUCAGGAAGCAUUGAGAUCUCUUUGGGCUGCUACUUACCCUAAUCAGGAGCUUCAUGGCUUGAUAUCUGAUCAAUGGAAAGAAAUGGGUUGGCAGGGUAAAGAUCCAUCAACCGAUUUCAGAGGAGCUGGAUUUAUUUCAUUGGAGAACCUGUUGUUCUUUGCCAAGACAUUUUCAACAUCUUUCCAGCUUCUACUAAAGAAGCAGGGAGGGAAGCCAGCUGCUUGGGAAUAUCCAUUUGCUGUGGCUGGAGUAAAUAUCACAUUUAUGAUCAUGCAAAUGCUUGACCUUGACACCAUAAAGUCAAGGACCUUUGUUAGAUCUGUUUUCUUGCAGAUGUUGUCAGAAAAUGAGUGGGCCUUUGACUUGCUCUAUUGUGUGGCUUUCAUGGUUAUGGACAAGCAAUGGCUUGAGAGAAAUGCCACAUACAUGGAGUUUAAUGAGGUUUUAAAAUCUACUCGGGCACAAUUAGAGAGGGAGCUUUUAAUGGAUGAUGUUAUGCGAAUCGAAGACAUGCCAUCUUACAGCCUUCUUUCUUGAUUCAUAAACAACUUAUCUGUCAGACUAAGAUAGACUAUGCAGAGUUUUCCAUUUUGAAAUCUACCAAUGUCCCUGGAAUUAUACAAUCACACCUUCUGUUCACAUAUGGCGGCUUCCCACUUGGUUGAUUCACUAUAAACUCACCCUAUAACUCCUCAUAUUGUUCUAAUUUGAAGGAGACACUACACAAUGUUUCAACCACAAAUGGGAAAUUGAGUAUCUAUGAGCAUAGCAGAGUUUGUUUCCAACAGAUGAGGACAGGAAAGUCAUUGGCGAUUUGUAACGCUUUCAGAUUGUAAUGAAGUAUAUACGAGUAGCCAAAUGUUACUCGGGUACAGAAGUGAUUUAUCAGACCGGAGGAACAAUUAAAUUAUGUACUGUGCACUGCUUAAUUGAAAAGCAAAAUACCUAAAUUAUAAAGAAAUCUUUGCCUACCA